AUGGAGAGAGAUCAGAAGAAGCGGAGUAGGGCGGUGGAUGGCGGUAGCGGAGGAGGUGGACAUCGGAAGAAAGAAAAGGAUGGGAAGGGGAAGAUUGUAGAGAUCGAUUCGGUGGUGGUGCCUCCUCCGACGGAAGAUGAGGUAGAUGAAUUUUUUGCUAUUCUGCGACGGAUGCGGGAGGCGGUGAAGUACUUCGAGAAAGGUAACGUUGGAUGUAAAUUAUCGGAUCCAUCACGAGAACCUGAUGAUGGUUUAGCUUCUGUGAACAAAGGAACGAACGUUGCACUUUUGGAUCUGAAUACCGUUCCUGACGAGGGAGAAUAG